AUGACUAUUGCAAAAGAGACAGUUGAUCAGAAAUAUGAUCUUAUUGUACGUGGUCUUGAAGAAGUACUUGGCGCAAAAAAACUUAAAAAAAUCUUAGAAGAACGGGAUUUAAAACUCUAUUGGGGCACUUCUCCUACAGGAAGACCUCACUGUGGAUACUUUGUCCCUAUGAUUAAAAUAGCAGACUUUUUAAAAUCUGGAGCAAAGGUUACUAUUCUUUUUGCAGGUAAAAGAGAUAUUCAUGCUUUUUUAGAUAAUCUUAAAGCACCUAUUAAUAUUGUAGAAUACAGAGUUAAAUAUUAUGAAUUUAUCAUUAAAGCAAUGCUUAAAUCAAUUGGAGUUUCAAUAGAAAAGCUUCAGUUUGUUCUUGGAUCUUCCUAUCAACUAACUCCCAAAUACUCUAUGGACAAUUUUCGUCUUUGUACAAUUGUUACGGAGCAUGAUGCAAAAAAAGCAGGUGCAGAGGUUGUAAAGCAAGUAGAAAACCCUCUUCUUUCAGGACUUUUAUAUCCUGGGAUGCAAACCUUAGAUGAAGAAUAUCUAAACUGUGAUGCUCAGUUUGGAGGAAUUGACCAAAGAAAAAUUUUUACAUUUGCAGAGAAAUAUCUCCCAGCACUUGGAUACGAAAAAAGAAUACAUCUCAUGAGUUCAAUGGUACCAGGUCUUACGGGAGGGAAAAUGUCUGCUUCAGGAAAUGAAAAUAAUAAAAUUGAUAUUUUAGAUGAUAUUAAUACAGUUAAAAAAAAAAUAAAUCGAACAUUUUGUCAAGAAGGAGUUGUCGAAAAUAACGGGCUUUUAGCAUUUGUAAAACACAUAAUUUUCCCAAUUCUUGAACUUAAAAAAAUACCAAUGCUAAAAAUUAAUAGAGAAGAUAAAUGGGGGGGUCCGCUUUCUUAUACCUGUUAUGAUCAUUUGGAAUCAGACUUUGCAAAUAGAAAGUUAUUUCCUCAGGAUCUUAAACUUGGUAUCAUUGAUGAACUCAAUCGUCUUUUAGAACCUAUUCGAAUGGAAUUUAAAGAAAAUAAAGAAUUUCAAGAAAUACUUCAACUUGCUUAUCCAAGUGAAAAAGAAAAAAAAACACAAAAAAGUCCUCAAAAAUACUAA